CUUGUCCGACCCAUGGCCGCUCACAACUCCGUUGCAUUUCCGUCCUCCCGUCUUGUCUCGCGAGGCAGCUUUGAAAGUGCCUCCGCGACAUCGCUCUACAACCCUCACUUUCAGGCGGCCACCGAGGUCUGUGAGCUCUUCUAUGGCGCCUCACCUCCGGCCUGGCAGGUAGUCGAACGUUAUUACGAUCCCAACGCAACAUACGAGAAUCCCUUCCUAACCGCAACGUCGAAAGAUACAAUCGGAGACGUCCAUGCUCUCUCGAGGUGCCUUGCACAGCUCGACGUUCCCAAGCCUGGCGCGAUCCUCCGCAUUCUCUUCAGGUUAUCCCCUGACCACCGAUGGAGCGAUUCGUGGUUUCGAGGGCUGAGUAUGUGGAACGAAGUGAACGAAGUCUCCGAGUGUGAAUCAUUCGAUGGUCACAAACGGAUGGUAGUCGAGCACACCCUCCACAUUGUUGUCCUUCCAGGAUUGCAUUGGCAUCCGCGACAUGCGCCCCCGAACUACUCCGACGCUGGGAGUGCGGUCGUCCCGCGCUCUGACUCUACAGUCUCGUUGCGGGAUCACACUACUACGCCCACACCCUCUGCUAUUGUCCGACAUCCUAAAUCCUCUUUCUGGCCUCCCUCCCCCUUUCACCUCGUGCUUCCAAUCAUCACAAGACUAUCAUUCAACGAGGCCGGCAAGAUUACCCAUCACCGCGAUUUUUGGGACGUCAAGGACCUGCUAGGCCUCUUACCUGGUAUGACACUCAUCCAGUGGGUCACCGGCCGGCUCGCGGCGCAGGGGAUCCGGAGCGUCGUUAGAGUGGGCAGGGCGUUGUUCCGCUCUCCGCCGCAGGACGAAGAAGCGGCGAUGGGCGCCGACGGUCGCCGUCGUAGCGACUCAUACGGCGGUCCGCCACCCGCGAAGUCGGCUGGGAGCAAUAUUUAUGGGACUGGAUUCACAAUUGCCCCGUCUUAGAAUCUGCGCACGUCAUGGACACCACGAAGUGCCAUUACUUCCACCAUGCGAGAUACGCGUGCGGCGCUGUAUGUAUCUUUAACUGUCGACGUGUGGUUCGUCCUUUAUCUUGACCAUGUAUUGGCGGACAGCUCUCGUUCAUCACACAUACUGCGUACUGCUGUAGACCUACCUUGUACAAUCGGACCCGCGUGUUGUACUCUAUCUAUAAUUAAGGCUCAUUACAUCCGUCUAGCGCAUGCG